CAGUCCUCCACCCCCUGAACGCAUCAACAAACUGAGAACAGACAAGAACUCAGACUGCGUGCAAAAGAAGAAGAGAAGGAGAAGACUGACUUUAGACUAUCAGAGUCCAACAGGUGUUUGUUGCCUUGACGAUGGUGAGCGCUAUCCUGAGGAUGAUGGGAAAUCGUUGUGGUUCGACUUUGACUCGUCCAAAAGAAAUCCUGAAAGAGACGAAGAAGACAAUCUACAGCAAACCUCCAAGGAACAAGAUCGGCGCCGCACAAAGUUUCUUCGUGAUGGCGGUGUUUGCGGCGGCCAUGUUGACGCCAGCGGCCUGGAUCCUUCAUCACCUGCCGGAGUACCGCCAGCGGUCCAAUCAGAGACCCCGACACUGAUCCUCAUCCUCCUCCUCUUCAUCAUCACUUAUUAUCUAAUCAGAGACCCUGAGACUAUUUAACCAAUCAGAGACCCCAACAAUGAUCUUCAUCCUCCUCUUCAUCAUCACAUCACUUUAUCACAUGUGUUCUGUCUACAAUGGGCGAUGUAGAUAUUAUAUUAAAGAUGUAUAUGACAUGUGUAAUAUUACAUUUGUCAUAUACC